AUGGCUCAAACAGGCUUCGCCCUGAAAUGGGGCGGAAUCUUUCUUCUUACCGCAAUUGGAUGCUUCAUCAUCAAGCUAUACCAACAAAGGUCAUUCUUUCGCCGAACUGUCGAGAGGUAUAACCUUCCCACUUUGCCCAACCACUCAUGGCUCCUCGGCAACUUAAUCGCUGUAGGAAAGAUUAUGGCAAAGUACCCAGAAGAUGUACACGGUCAAUUGAUGCCAGAUUUUCUUGCGCGAGACUAUCCUGAGAUUGCCGAAUUCGGUGCAUGCUACAUUGAUCUAUGGCCCAUCUCCUGGCCUAUGCUGGCGACAUUUGAUCCCAACAUUGCAUCACAGUAUACACAAGAAAAAUCGAUGCCAAAACACGAGAUUAUCAGAAAUCAGUUUAGACCUCUGACAGGCCUCAAAGAUCUCGUCCUAGCCGAAGGAUCAUUUUGGAAAAAGUGGCGAGCAACUUUCAACCCAGGCUUCUCAACACAGAAUAUAUCCGCCCUUGUUCCCGAGUUCAUUGAGGAGGCUUCGAUUUGGAAGAAACAACUGGAACAAAUUGCAAAGGACAAUCGGAUUGUGCCACUCGAGGACUGCGUUAUGAGAGCUACAUGCGAUAUCAUUUGUCGAUCGGUCCUGGGGAUAAGUCUCGGCAUCCAGAGUGGUGUUGACGAUAAGAUCUUUCCCACGCUCAAAGGCGCCAUUGGACUUCUCGUCACAGACUGGUCACCAGCUCAGUGGGGUCGUCUUUUGAAUCCCUUUCGACAUGUUCGGCUUAGACGGUUGAAUCAAGCCUUGCGAGAUCAAUUGCAGCCGUUGAUAGAACGCCAGCUUGAAAAUCACGAGCGCAUUGAAGGACCAAGGACGGUCAACGGCCUUGCUAUCCGAAACUACAUGAAGACAUAUGGGUCACAAAACACUUCGAGUUCCAAGAUUGAUCCUGAAUUUUUGGAUGUCACUGUCGAGAACCUCAAGAUCUUCCUCUUCGCCGGCCACGAUACAACCGCAUCUACGCUCUGCUUUGCUUACCAUUAUCUAUACCAGCAUCCAGACGUGUUGGAGAAACUACGACAGGAACACGAUAAAAUUCUUGGUCCCGAUACCACUGAUGCUACCAGGAAGAUCUCAGAGACUCCGACAUUGCUAAACCAACUGACGUAUACUACGGCAAUCAUCAAAGAGACUCUGCGACUAGAACCACCAAUCGGUAGUUGUCGCGAGGGUUCGCCCACAUUCUUCCUGAAACAUCCCGAAACGGGUCAGCAGCUUCCCACCGACGGUUUCAUUCUUUUCGCAGCUAGUAAAGCAAUUCACCGUAACCCCAAGUUCUGGUCCGACCCCGAUAAAUUUCUGCCCGAGCGCUGGCUCGAACAGGAUGUUCACAGAAACGCUUACCGUCCGUUUGAAUUGGGCCCCCGAGGCUGUAUCGGACAGGAGCUUGCCUUGACGGAGCUACGGUUGCUCCUUGCAAUGACGGUCAGGGAUCUCGAGAUUGUUCCAGCAUACAAGAAGGGAGAUGAGAGCUUGUACGGGUACCAAGCUUACCAGGCGCAUAUGCCUGGUGAGCUUACCGCGCAUCCCAGUAAGGGUAUGCCAGUAAAAGUCAAGAUUAGAGCGGCCCAAUAA